AUGCUUGAACUCGAUCAAAUAAACACUUUCCUCAAUCCUCUUCGAUAACUUCUUUCUGGUUCAUUGCUCCAAGCUUCGAUUAACAACACUUUGCGCGUACCGUUGCCGGGACUCCAUCUUGUGUGUUUUGGGGGCACUGGAAAUCACUACAACUUCAUGUUCCUUGCCGGUCAGCGUAUCUCGUCCUGCAAUGUCGGCGUCCACGACAGAAUGGCCGAUCAUGUUCCGAUGCCAGGUUGGGCUGAUGGAAUAUCCCUUCUCUACUGGCCGGUCUUUUUCUCCAAAUGGAUAGACAAUCUCACCCCAACUGACUUCUAUAAAGUCGCACAAAUGCCCGUUUCCGAAGACGAGAGUAAUUGUUUUUAA